GGUCAUACACGGAACUAUUAAACAAUAAUUAGAUAAUCUCAGAAUUUUCACAUACACGGUAAUAGUUUCGCAAUGAAAUUAUUUCAACGCCUUCUCCCAAUUAUCAUCGCUUUGGUCAUAAACCUGAAAAAUGUGACAGGUCACCUUGCAAACACGACAAUCAAAGACGUCGAAAAGGAAAACGAUUUCCGAAUUGUUGGCGGACGUCCAGCGAUCAUUGGAGAGUUUCCAUACCAAGUUUCCAUUAACGGGUAUAGGACUUUUAUUGGUGCAGGGUCACUCAUAUCGGACAGACACGUUCUGACCACGGCCUCCAUGAUCAACCGGAACCCUGCCAGCCAACUGACCGUGCGGGCGGGAUCUUUGAUGCGCACACAUGGUGGGCAAGAGGUUUGGGUUGAGAAGAUAUGUAAAGAUCCCCGGUAUAAUCCGAGUAACUAUGACUAUGACGUUGCUGUCCUGCUCCUAAGUUCAAGCUUCACUUUGGGUCACGAUGUCCAGUACAUCAAUCUUGCUCAGCCCGGUUCGAGACCAGCGGUCGGAUCGGUUUGCCACGUUACCGGCUGGGGCAUGCUUUCCCAGGAUGGUUACUGGGCUGAUCAACUGCAUGUUGUCGAAGUUCCCAUAGUCAGUGAGGCGGAUUGCAAAGCAGUAUACGGCCAAAAUGCUAUCACCGACAGGAUGCAGUGUGCCGGAUCCACGCAGGGAGGGAAGGGGGCUUGUUAUGUGAGUGGGUUUGAGAGUGUGACACUGAAGUCACAGAUGUGGACCAAACUGGUGUCAAUCGAUCAAAAAUAUAAUUAGAAUGAAAUUGACAAAUGGAACUAUGUAUGUAUCUGGCAGAUACUAUCUGCCAGUGGUGAAGUUUAGGGGAAAUAGAUAUUUGCAUGAAAAUAGGAGAAAACGCACCCGCAAAUUUUGGAUUGUUCAAAUUUACUGCGUAUUUAUUUCUGCUUUGGAUGGAAAUAUCUCCGCGUGUUAUCGCCUCUGUGGUAACAUAAGGUAUUACCUUCAGGGGUAGUAUGGUAACGCCAGGGUAAGGAAAAGCUCGGGGACCAUACCCAGGGUUUUAGCUGGGUUAAGCGGGUAGUCGGGGUUUUGUGGGUAAACUGAGACAAAAAGCAAAAAAACUAAACGACAAAACUGUGUAUGUAUAUAUUUGACGUACAAUUAUUAGGGUGAUGCGGGUGGGCCUCUGGUGUGCGGAUCUGUUCAAGUCGGUAUUGAAGGUUGGGGCUCGAUGUGUGCUCGUCCAGGUUAUACAGGAGUUUAUACAAACGUCGGGAGCGUGAUGGGCCAUAUUUCCAAUUGUGCAUGAUAUUUGAUAUUCCGAGACACGUACAUACUUAUAAAACUUAUAAAAUUUAUUAGAUUUUGGCGCGAAACCAAAACUUUCAUCAAAUUUCAACUUCCAGUGUCAAACCUUUAAAACUAUGUAUGUAUACUAGCAAUGUCUAUGCAUCAAGUAAUUUUCUCCGGUUUCGAUCAGAUUAAAACAAAAUUUUGGAUACAUACAAAACUAAAUCGACGCGUAUUUCUUGAAGGUGAAAAAAGUUCUAUUCUAAGUUCCCAAUUGAGUAAACUAUGUAUUAAUACGUACAUAAUCAAUAUUACGUAAUAAUAAUAAUAAUAAUAAUAAUAAUAAUGUUUUUAAUACGUAUGUACAUAAUCCGCAUAAGGUUCCUAUUCUUAAUAAUAUCUUCGUUUUUGUUUGCUAUAAACAUAUUUUGUGCUAAAUCCAGUAUAUCUUUUAAUACACUUAAAAUACGCGAUACGAACUGUAAACUGAUGUGAAUACGGUUUCGGACACAAAUGCAGGCAAACUAAUCGCUACUGCAACACUCCAAACUAUGAGGAAAGUUGAAAACGCUCCGUCUAAUUGGAUAGAAUCGCCUGAUUUUACUUCUUUGAAGUUCUUCACAGAUUCUCGGACCACAGGAUCUCGAAACAAAUUUGCUCGACUUGCAAUUUCUUGCCCUAUGCGACCUUGAAUUCCAGCUUCGACAAGAGACUUAUUAUAAAAUACUAGUCUUGAGUUCCUUACCCAUCUGAAGACGACACGGUGAAGCUUGGAGAUCAUCAGGACGAAUCCAAUAUUGCUCUUCAUAAGCCGACCUGAGGGACCUUAAGCUUGGCUGGCCUCGACACUUAAUUAGCCCAGAAAUUUUCUUGGCUCGGCUAGGUUCGAGCUCGAAAUUUCAAGUCUGAAGAAGCCAAAAAUUGGGUAAAUUAUUCCACAUUCCUCUCAAGAUAAAAAAGAGAUGAUUUAAAUUAUUUAAAUUAUUUAUAUUUAAUUUUAAAACGUUGUAACCUUACAUACAAAAUUAAAACUCGAAAAUAUUACUAAUAAGAAAAGACAUUGCUUAGCUGGUAUUUAUAGGUAUUAACUAAACUUUGAAUUAAUACAUUAUAAAUUCGUGAGCCAGAUUCUGAUGUAUCACAUAUUUUACUGACGUUUUCAAUAUAUCUGA